UCGUCAGGUGUCAAUUUUUAUAUUUUUGGAAAAUAAAAACGAACAAAACACACUAUUUCUGUUGCAAUAAGUGGUUUAUAUAUAUAUUUGAAGCUCAACAUUUGUUGAGUGUAAUACAGGGAUGAUACAGAUCUUAAUGUUUAUCACUCGUAAUUAUAUAUGUUGUCGUGUAUCAUUCGAUGUCGGAUUCUGCUUUGUCCAACCACAGCUCUCUAGAGCACGGUGAGCUAGACCCCAGCCCUGACGUUCGUGUCGUUGAGGUGGCCAGUAGCGUGAUGCAGAGCACGAAGAAAAGAGCAACAGACUUUGAUAGUGGAGAGGAUGAUUCUUUGACAAUCAAACCCCCACCACCGCACGCUAAGAAAGAAAAGAAACAUAAAAUGAAGCAUCACAAGGAGGAGAGGAGACGUGAUCGUGAUGACAAGAGAGGCGACAGAUAUAAAUCGGAUGGUCAUCGGGAGAAGGAAAGGAACAAGGAGCGUGUACGCCAAGAGAAAGAGCGGGAGAUGAUGCUCAAGGAACAAGAGAGACUUCGCGAGAGAGAUGUGAGCAAACUCGCCAAGGAGGCUCGAAGGCGUGAGCAGUCGCGCAUAGAAAGGGAGAGACUUGAGGAAGUAGAGCGCCAAAAGCGUCGAGAGCGCCACCUGCGGGCGGAGAGACAAAAAGAAGAAGAGCGCCGACAACGCCAGCUAGAAGCGACAUGGCGAGAAGAACAGAGACGCCGAGAAAUGGAAAAGCGUCGUCCUCAAGAACAACAUAGGAGUCGGAGUCCACAGAUGCGGGAACGACCCGAGAAAAGACGCAAACAGCAGAGGACGCCUGAAGAGAGAGCCUCCUUCCCUCCAGAGCCCAUUGAGAGCCCCCCACCUGACAGUGACGAGGCCCACGAGGAGUACUUGGAAGAAGUUGAGAUGGAGCCAUCGGAGGUGGAAGAAAGUCCUGAGCAUAGCGUGAGUGAGGAGUCGGCGUCUGAAAGUGAGGAGAGCGAAGAGUCUGCCAGCGACUCAGGUGAUACCGCGACUUCAGCAUCGGGAAGUGAAAGUUCAGGCGCUGAAGACCAUGGGGAAGAGGAAGAUAAAAGUCAUGCUCCACAGCAUCACAUCAAAUCGAAGUUUGAAAAUGAAAGUGAUGAUGAGGCAGAAGACGUCAGGUUACCUCCGAUGGAAGAAUCAGAGCAUGAAUAUAUCGAGGAGACCCCGCCAGCGUCACCAGUCGAGCUAAAGGAGGAACUACCAGUCUAUCUGCCGGCCAUCGAAGGCUGCCGGAACGUGGACGAGUUCAACUGCUUGAAUCGGAUAGAAGAAGGCACAUACGGUGUGGUGUACAGGGCGAAGGAUAAAAAAACAAAUGAAAUCGUCGCUUUAAAGAGACUGAAAAUGGAGAAGGAAAAGGAAGGGUUCCCGAUCACAUCGUUACGGGAAAUCAACACGUUACUGAAAGCGCAGCAUAUAAACAUUGUGACAGUACGGGAAAUAGUCGUUGGUAGCAACAUGGAUAAGAUUUACAUCGUCAUGGACUACGUUGAACAUGAUCUCAAGUCGCUGAUCGAGACAAUGAAGAAUCCCUUCUUAGUUGGUGAAGUGAAAACGCUCAUGGCACAGCUACUCAGCGCAGUGGUCCAUCUCCAUGACAACUGGAUCCUCCAUCGUGACCUCAAGACAUCCAACCUUCUCCUCAGUCACAAGGGUAUCCUAAAAGUGGGCGACUUUGGCCUGGCGCGGGAGUACGGGUCACCGCUGAAGCAGUACACACCAGUUGUCGUGACGCUUUGGUACCGAGCACCAGAACUCCUCUUGGGUACAAAGGAAUAUUCCUGUCCCAUUGACUUGUGGUCCGUCGGAUGUAUUUUUGCCGAGUUCCUCCUGAUGAAGCCACUGUUCCCUGGGAAGUCAGAAAUCGACCAACUGAACCGGAUAUUCAAGGACCUCGGCACCCCCAAUGAGCGAAUCUGGCCAGGAGUCGGCGAGCUGCCUGGGAUGAAGAAAUGCUCCUUCACAGAGUAUCCAUACAAUCAACUGAGGAACAAGUUUGGCUCGUUUUUCUCCGAUCUCGGGUGGGAUCUAUUAAACAGAUUUCUUACGUACAAUCCUGCCAAAAGAGUUACAGGAGAAGAAGCCCUUAAACAUGAUUACUUCAAGGAGGCGCCCCUCCCUGUCCAGCCGCACAUGUUCCCAACAUGGCCAGCCAAGAGUGAACAGGCACCCAGGAAACAUGGCAACAGUCCUAAACCUCCAUCGGGCGGGAAAGCCUACUCAAAGUUAUUGGAAGAAGAAAUGCAAGGAGGCGGGCUUGGGUUUCAUAUGGGGGGAACAUCAAAAGGCGUGUCUGCAUGCGGACCAGGGUUCAGCCUCAAGUUCUAACUUACCUGAAGGCACGCUUGGCUUUCAUAUGGGGGAACAUCGAAAGGCGUGUCUGCAUGAGUACCUGUGUUCAGCCUCAAGUUCUAACUUGCAAGGAGACAGGCUCCUUAUGUAGCAAAUCUUGGAUUUGGUUUCAGUUAAAAAGGUUAUGCGAUGCAUUUAUAUACUGUACACAGAAGCACAAUUCGAAAUUAUAUGUCCACAAUUCGAAUAAAGGUUUUCAU